AUUUGAUUCUAGAGAAUCUGAAAGACAAACAGCUCUGAGACCGUCCAUCUUUUUCUGGGCUGCCAGCCGGGACUUUGGCAAGAAUGCGGUAUCAUUGUUCGGUGAGUUUUGUUGCCGUUUCCAGAAGGGGUUUGGACGCGUUCGAUUGUCAGGGCCCGACGCGAAUGUGACAUAAGCGUCUUCAAAUUCAGCUUGUGGGAUUCUGAGUUUGGCGACAUCGAGCGUCCGGAAGGGUCUGCAUGCAAUCCCUUCCACCUUCCACCUGAUCGUGGGGGGAGCAUUUGUCCUUCUGGUCGGUCUCCGGGGCCUCCGAGCGUUUGUUUCCCUCGCUUUCGAAUGAUCGCCUUUCUCUCCGUGUCCCAAACUGCGCAUAAUGCUACCCCGCAUUUACUCCCGCCGCCCAAGUCCGACGCUCAACUCAAUGAACGCUGCAGUGCUUUCGCUUCGUGCUCGGUUGUCAAAGUUUUUGCUUAACGACGACAAGAUGCGCCUCUUCGGCAUCCGGUUCGCCCAGAAGAGAGAGGCCGAGUACCACGAGUCUCUUCUAGCCGACCGAUGGCUCUCCCGUAUAACCAAGGUGGUUGGGGUGGGAAUCCUGGCCCAUUGGGGAGGGAUGAUGCUGCUUACCCACUUCAAUGGGCAGUUCCAGUCAACAUACACGUGGGGCGUCGAUUUCGGGCUCCUCGGCCCUCUCAGUGUCGUCGCCGCCAUUGGAUCUUUCCGAAAAGACUGGCAGAAGAGCCGGAUAUGGGACUUCCUACUGAUGCUCAACAGCGUUGCCUGGGUUGUGGUCGCAUUAAUUGAAGACCAUCGCUGCAGGAACGAUCCCGUCCCCGAAUGCGCCACGGACAAUUAUCCAACCAGAGCGAACGAAGGACUGUAUAUCACCUUCGGCCCCUUCAUACAGCUCUACAUCUUCAACACGCACAAGGGCUUAUACGGUUUCGUGCUCUUCCUGACCGACCUGUACCUCGGCAUACUCGUCUUCAUGGGCGACUCCUCGCAGUUUACUCUUUACAUCCUCAUCACCGUCUUUCAGAUCUUCAUGUUCAUAUUCGCCAUCAUCUUGGACAACCACCGCCGCACAUCUUUCAAGCUCCAGGUCGACCUCAACAACGAGAUCUUGGAGACGAAACGCGUCGAGGAGAAGAAACGGCAAUUGACUGGUUACGUGUUCCAUGAGAUCCGCGUCCCGCUUAAUACUCUCAUUCAGAGCGUCAACUUACUCGAGAAAGGAGGCGCAAAGGACUAUGAUGCCAGCCUCAUUGAGGUGCUCAACACAGGCCUGCGCUCGAUCGAGACGUUACUGAAUGAUGUCCUCGACUUUCAGAAGAUCGCUGAAGGAUUCUUCCAACUCAAUCCGCAACCAUGCGAUAUACAUCAGAGCAUCCUUACCGUUGUCCAUGUCAUGGCCGCGUCGGCCAAUGCAAAGGGUGUCAUUGUCUCGACGAACUUGGAUCUGAACGUACCGAGAUGUAUCGUUUUGGAUGACUUUCGGUUCCGGCAAGUUCUGGCGAACUUGAUUUCGAACGCGAUCAAAUUUACGCCUGAACGCAAAGCCAUCACAGUCGAGACCGCUGUUGUAGGGCCGUCAAAUGGGGAGACAGUGGAGGUGUAUGUCGGAGUGUCGGACGAGGGGAUUGGGAUAUCAGCCGAGAAUAUCGCCAAAUUGUUCAAGCCGUGGGUGCAGAUCGAUGCCCAGCUGAAUCAGGGAGGCAAAGGGUCUGGACUCGGCCUCGCGAUUUGCGCCAACAUCAUCCAGGCGAUCGGCGGGACGUACGGGAUCGAAAGUACCGUCGGGGCGGGAUCCACAUUCUGGUUCCGCUUCUCCGCCAAGACGUGCAGCGUCGGGUCGAAACCAGCGUCAAGAACACCGUCGUCAUCGAAGAACUCGCCUAUCCUCUCCGCAAAAGCCACGGCGCUGACGAUCGCAGCAAAAAGCAUCCCCUUGCACAUACUGAUCGUCGACGACGACAAGAUCAGCCGGAUGAUGAUGCAGCGCAUCAUGAAGUCGCUGGGACACACGGCCGAUAUCGCGUCCGAUGGGCAGGAAGUCGUCGACCUGUUCGGUGCCUACCCCAAAGUCGGCGAAUGCCCCUUCGACGCCAUGUUCAUCGACAACUUCAUGCCGCGCAUGAACGGAACCGAAGCCAUAAAGUGGCUACGAUCACACGGGUGGUCGGAGCUACUCAUCGUCUCCACGAGCGGUGUCAGUUUGGUCGAAGAGGAGCGCAGCAUUUACGACGCGGGAGCCAACAAGAUUUUGAGGAAACCCAUCAGCAUAGAUGUUGUUCGCGACACACUGGAGUGGAUUGGAAAAAGCAGACGUGCGGCGCAGGGGCGUCCGGGUGGGCGAGGGAUUACGGCCUUGAGCCGCAGCCAGGAUGUCGGGCUAAGCGCGGGACGGCAGUUAUCCCAUCCUUUGCUUUGAGCCUCGGACCUCCGAAAAAGAGGUUGUCGUGACGGGGGCGUGGGCAACUUCGUGCGUGG